CAUCACUGAUUCUAAAAACGAAUACAUUUCAAGUGUUUGUACGGUUUAUUUGCUUUGAAAAAGGGUACACAGAAUCGUUUGUGCUGAGUAAAUGUUAAAUAAAAUUUAGAAGAGGCAAUUGAUCCAUAAACUAGUUAAGAUAGAGAAUCAAAAACUUGAAGAUACCUGCAAGAUGUAUUUUACUUAGAUUUUAAGGAGGUGGUGUAAAAGCAAAGCACUGCGUAAUGCAAGCCGAAGUUAGAGACAUUGUUGAGAAGUCGUUGAAGAAAGCCCGGGAACAUGAAGCAAGAGGUGACAUGGGGAGAGCGUAUGCUUAUUACACAGUUGUCAUCGAGCUGUGUCCUGAAAAAAGGAAGGAAGUGGAAAAAGUGUUCACCGAUGUUUUAUGCGAAUGGGGACUGCAAUUAAUUCAGAAUAACAGGACACAAGAUGUAAUCGUUUGCUAUGAACAUUCUCUGGACAUUUAUCCUGAAAAUCCACGCAUGCUGAACAAUUUUGCUGCACACUUAUUGAGGUUAGAAAAUCCAAUACAAGCCAUCAAGUACUUAAAGAGAGCGUUAAAAGCUGAUCCCAACUUCCUGCUUGCUGAACGCAACCUGCAGAAUGCUUACAGCAUGGCUGUUGACCGUUGGCAUUUUUCCAUGUUAAAUGACAGAUGUCGAAAUAGAGCUUUUAAAAAGGCAAUCAGAAAUAGGAUAAGAGAGGGCUAUGAUACAGUCCUAGACAUUGGAACUGGUACAGGAUUAUUAAGCCUAUAUGCUCGGGAUGCCGGAGCUAAAGCAGUUUAUGCUUGUGAAUGUUCUCCAGUUAUGGCAGGAAUUGCUGAGAAAGUAUUUGCCAGAAAUUCUGACCAUGGCAUAAAAUUAAUCUCCGAGUUGUCAACCGAUUUGAGAGUCCCUAAAGACAUUCCUGAGAGGGUAAAGUUGAUCGUCACUGAGACAUUUGAUGCUGGUCUGUUUGGAGAGUUUGUCGUUCCAUCGAUGAUUGAUGCACACGUAAAUCUUCUAGCAAAGAAUAGCGAAGGAAUUGUUAUACCUAUGUGGGCUGCCCUUUAUGUCGCAGCUGUGGAGAGCGAACACAUUCGUCUACGUUCCUCCAUAGAGUGGGACAAAUCUAAGAGAUUCAGCUUCCUGAAUUUUGAAAACGUAUCUUUACUCCCGGACGAUGAAUACUAUGACAGCGAGAAUUUGGAGAAUGUUAAGAUAAAUUAUAUAACAGAACCGAAGGAAAUACUCAGGGUACACUUCAACGAUGUGCAGGAACUGCAAGAAUUUACUAGAGAUGGUAUAAAGGGUGUCUUACGAUGCAAGUGCAGGUACGAUGGCGUGGUCGAUGGUUUGGUAGCCUGGUUCAAGCUGCACCUGGAUGAAACGGUGACCAUCGACUCCUCCCAAGGAAAAUCUUGUUGGCAGUUGGCAGUGUUCUCAGCAGCGACGACUUCCUGUCAAGAAGGCGAUGAACUAACAAUCACUGCAGAAGUGUCCCAGUGCAAGCUAAAGUGUUCCUACGUGUCUGCCAAGAAAAAUCUUGAACCGUCCACUACGGUCUACCGAGUUCCAAAGGAAGUAAUAGCUUUUCUGAACGACUCCGAGUUCGUCAACUCAUUGGUCAGUAUCGGCAAGUCUCAGAAUGACAAAUCCAUAAAAACUGUCCUUGAUACUUCUCCGUUCCCUGUCUAUGGUCUCACCAUGGCGAAGACAGGUCGAAUUUGUGGGGUUGUGUAUCACCAGACCGAUAACGAAGCUGUUAAGAAUCUUGUUAGGCAAGUGGUCAAAGAUAGUGGUAUUAAAGCUCAGAUUUGUAUUAUCUCAGAUUACAGAGAAUUACAGCAUUCUAUAGAUUCUGUACUUGUGCACAACUUUGACGUCAAAGGUGAACUCAAAGACUGGGGCUUGCGAGACUACGAUCAGUUCUUCAGUUCUUUGUUAAGUCCUGUUGGAACUGUUCUCCAAAAGAAAAUCUUUCUGAUGGGUCAGUUGGUCUUCUCGUCAGACCUGGCUAAGAUGGUACGAGUGAAGGAUUCAAAUCUGUCCAUCUCUGAGAAUUGCUCAUCAGAAAAGAAUUCGGAUGAAGAAGAAAUGACAAACGUCUCUGACAAAAAUAAAGAAGACUCGGUCGAUUAUUUUAUUGCAGAGUAUAUUAACGAGUAUAAGAUUAAUCAAGUAUUCGACUUGAACUCCAGUCUAUAUCAGUAUGAACCGAUGUCGGAUGUUAAUGUGUUAAUAAAAAUAAAUGAGGCAGAGACAACGGAGUCACUUGUCAAUUUUGGAAGAAUUAAAGAGACAAAAAAUUCGCUCGCACCAAAUGCUCUGGUAUGUUGGUACAGAAUUUGUUUGUCACCAGAGCAUGUCCACGAUACAAGAAGAGACUCCUCAUUUAUGAAUCAUACUGCCAUUGUAUUGGAGGAUGAAUUGAAAGACAUAAGCUUAAAAGGAGGCGAGGUCAACAUUAAAGUGCUUCAAAUGAAAGGAUUGGUGAAGGUCAGCUUAGCGGACACCUGACAAUGAACUAAACAGUAACGAGUUAAUU